AUGCCGGACCUAGCAAGUAAGAUAUCAAGGUUCAGCUCCUUUGAUCUCGAAUCCUAUUUGAACAACAGCUUUCAAAGAUAUGAAGAAUCCAUUUUGGAGAACGAGAGACACACCAUAUCCAAAAUAGAGCAUGAAAUAGACACGGAGCUGCUUAGAACAUUUCUUCUUAACAGCGAUUCUUUGCUCAAUAUUCUCAACGGUUAUGAGGAAUCAUACAGAAUGGUUUCUAACAUAGUCGACUUAUCUAAGGAGCUAGUCAGAUGUCGCAUGAAUACUAGCGAGGAAGAGGAGGUCUUUGUUGACAAGGAGCUCGUGAAAAAAUUUAGGCUAAUACUUGAUGGCUUUGGGGGCGAGGCUGCUGUAUUUGCAACCGAUGGGAGGUAUCUAGUCCACUUUGACAUUCUCAAGGAAAAAAGUGGACGGAAAUGCAUUCUCGUUUUGGCGAACGACAUUCUUUUGAUUGGUUCUGUUCAUGAGGGAGUCAAGAAGUACAGGCUCUUGAAUGCCUACAGCUACAGCAUUGUUCGUAUGCAAGUCAGAGACGGUUUGUUGGAAAUAAGGGUGGAUCCGACGAUAUACACAUUUGAGAAAAAUAAGGAGAGCGUGGAGCAUAUACUCAGAAUCUACCAGGAGUUAACCUAUAACUAUGAAGAAAAGACCGAUGAUAGUGUCCGUAAGCCUGCAAUUGAUAAGGAGUUAGUAGAUUACCUUGUAUUUACAGAGCAAUACGAGCACAUUGAGCCUAGCAAGCUCUUUCUCUCAUCCAAAGCUACGUUCCACGAUAAAACUGAAAUGGUGAGAUAUCUUUCGACCAUUUCCAAGACCGGGGGCGAUGUGUCUUCAUGCAUCUUUCCAUUUCUUGAAGAGAGAUUUAAAAAGGGCCUUACAAGAAUCAACAAAAUCCAGCCUCUUGGCGACUUCAUCAGAGACGUCUUUAAGUAUUUCAACGAAUUCUUGGACGAGCAGAACAAGCUUAUAAAAGAAUUGGAGGAAGUGUGUCAUGUCAAGGGGAGCGGAGCAGUUCUUUUGGUGGAGAAGCAGCUAACCAGGUGCAUUGAAGCAUUAGAGAGCAGGGUGUUCAAUAAGAGAUAUGAUGUGAGACAUACAGACUCUGUGUUAGAGCUUAUAAAGCAGAACCUUAAGUUUUCCAAAUAUGAUUUCUCUUAUCUGAUGGAGCACUUUCUUAAGAAAAGAAGUGAGUACAAGAAGAAGUGCCUGGACAAUGCAAUGAGGGACAUAGAAGAAGUAAUCGGUAACAUGAUGGCCAACUAA